CAUUAACUCUGCCCAAAGUAACGGAUCCGAUUAUGCAACUACAUGUGUCAGCCAAGCUACGAGACCCCAAAAAUGACUUGUUUACAGAUUCAGUGUUCAUGGCCUCUUUUGAUGCAUUGUGGUUCUACCGCGAUGAUACAACCAAUGAAGAAAGUGGCCAAGCUGACUUGGAUAAGAAAUCAUCGUGUUCUAAAUGCCCCACAGAGCAGGUCGAACCAAAUACGAUAGUACGAGGCGCGCCAAGGUGGAAGUCGCUGUAUCAUAUGUAUCAUAUGUUUCUUCUUAAGCUGCGCCUCGAAACCCGAAUAUAUAUUAAAUCUUACAAAUUUGAUCUGGCUUUUUUUGAAAACCCAGCCAUUGCGGCUUUGGUCACAUACAAAUGGAAUACGAUUGGGUUCUCUCAUUGGCUUAAGAGAUUCGUAUUCCAAUGCUUUUAUUAUAUUCUAAUCCUUGUACUCGCUUUCUUGCAAGUGUAUUAUACUGGUAAUGAUCCCACCCCAAUCGCUGAAUUUUCGAUUGCUAUUAUCGUCAUGUCCGUCUUCUUUAUAUGGCUCGAAGCUUUACAAGCGUAUCAGGGUUGGGAAAAAUACAGAAAAUCAAUAUAUAAUUCGAUUGAUAUGUUGGCAUUUUUAAUACCUAUGGCUGCUGGUAUCCAUCAAUUAGUUGUCAUUUUCAGUGACGAUCAACAUGGAAAUACCAGGCUUGUCAGUUUCUCGGUCCUGACUGUCUUCUUGCACAUGCUUUUUGAGCUCAGGGUCAUCGAGAUGGUGUGUAAAUAUGUGACGAUUAUUCAACAGGCUAUUAAGGAGAUUCAAGUCUUCUUUGGGAUCUUUGCGGCAGGAGUCAUUACAUUCACGAUUGGGAUAUUACACCUACUUCAUGCCUGCCCGACAAGCGGAUGUGAGAGAGUAGAAAAAGAAGGAGAUUUACCUAUCAAUUUCUUAGGUGCAUUGUCAGGAACGUACUUCAUGUUGGGCGGCCGAUAUGAGCCUUUUAACUCUAAACUUUCUUCUCAAGAUUGGCCAGUCCAUUUUAUGCUAAUGCUAUUCUUUUUCUUCACGGUCAUCUUAAUGUUGAACGUGCUUAUUGCGCUUAUCAAUGUGGCAUUCUCAAAGGGCGAUGAUGGAUGGCGAUUGGCAUGGGUUGAAGCACGUAUGCAAUACAUUGAGACAGCUGAAAAUAUGUCCUAUCAUAUCCCAGGUUACCGAAAGGCGUACGAUUGUUUCCCAAGGGAAAUCUAUUUCACGGCGACUACCCAACAGGUGAAAGCGUAUCAAGAAAAGUUGGAUGCUAACACCAAUAAGAGGACGGAGAAACGUAUCGUUAUGGAUGCACGUGUAGAGCGAUUGGAGGAGCAGCUGCAGGACCUCAAGAAGCUGUUACUCCAUAGCACAAGGCAACAGCGACAAUAACUGCGUUAAUCUCUUGUCUUAGAGUAUUAAAUGAAUAUGCAUCAAUGUCAUUUGAACAUCCCUGUUUUACUUCUAGUUCCUUUAUUUUCUCACUUUUACUAACCACG